ACAGCAGGAGUGAUCUAACCCUAUACAGCCCAUCUUCUACGUGCAAAAACAGCGUGCGGAGGACGGCCACAUCUCCGAUUGAAAACAAGUGGAUCUCUGUGGAUAAGAUCACCGGGCAGCCAUGGAAGAACUUACGGCUUUUGUAUCCAAAUCUUUUGACCAGAAAAGCAAAGAGAGCAGCAGCGGCAGUGGCAGCGGCAACAAGAAGGAGACGAUCACAUACAGGGAAGUUUUGGAGAGUGGGUUGGCUCGCUCUAGGGAGCUUGGAAACUCUGAUUCUAACCUGCAGGACAUGACCGAGAGCAGCAACCAUUGCCCGGUGCAUCUUUUCAAAGACCACGUAGAGAGCGACAAGGACAAACUGAAGGAGUUCAACACGGGCAGGACAGCGGAAGGGAUCUACGAAUGCAAAGAGAAGAGGGAAGAUGUGAAGUCAGAAGACGAAGACGGACAGACCAAGCUUAAACAAAGGAGAAGCAGAACCAAUUUCACACUAGAGCAGCUGAACGAGCUGGAAAGACUUUUUGAUGAGACUCACUAUCCGGAUGCCUUCAUGAGGGAGGAACUAAGCCAGAGGCUGGGACUAUCUGAAGCUAGGGUUCAGGUCUGGUUCCAGAACAGGAGAGCAAAGUGCCGAAAGCAGGAAAACCAGAUGCACAAAGGUGUGAUCCUGGGAACCGCCAGCCAUUUAGACGCCUGCAGAGUAGCCCCCUAUGUGAAUAUGGGAGCCCUGAGGAUGCCUUUCCAACAGGUCCAGGCGCAGCUGCAGCUGGAGGGCGUGGCCCACGCGCACCCGCACCUGCACCCGCACCUGGCGGCCCACGCGCCCUACCUGAUGUUCCCGCCGCCGCCCUUCGGGCUGCCCAUCGCCUCCCUGGCGGAGUCCGCCUCCGCCGCCGCCGUGGUGGCCGCCGCCGCCAAGAGCAACAGCAAGAACUCCAGCAUCGCCGACCUGCGGCUGAAGGCCCGGAAGCACGCCGAGGCCCUGGGGCUCUGA